AUGAGCGAAAAAAAUUUGAAAAAUUCAGCGACGGAAUUGAUAUCAAUUUGCGUAAUUGGUUUAAGUGGCUGCGAACAAUUAAAAGGUUCCAUUGGUGUCGGCAAAUCGCUAAUUUGUAAUCGUUUUGUGCGUGGUGAUUAUGACCGAUUUCGUACCGAACAUUCUUCGAUUUUAUCACAGGCAGAUUUUCGUGGAUCGCCUGUUAUAAAUAGCGACCAUUGGAUAUACUGGGGUGUUGGAUAUUUGAAUAACAAUGAUGGUAGUAGUGUUCAAAUAAAAUUAAUUGAGCAAACAGAAUUUGUUGACGACGAAACGUUUGAACCUUUUGAAGGCUCAUCGAAUGAUUAUCCAAAACGAGCAACUAAAAUUAAACUUGAUAGUCCUGAUAAAUUAAUGUAUAUAUGUAGGGAACAAUUGGGCUUAGAAACUGAAUAUGAACAUGUAGUUCUUCCCGAAGGUCGGGCUCAAAUUGAUGGAUUCAUUUUUGUUUAUGAUAUUUCAAUAACAGAAGGUCGAACAUUUGAUCAGCAGUCAAAUAUUGCGGCUGAAAUUCUCUAUAAUGCCUUAAAAACAAAGAAACCAAUUGUUAUUGCUGCAAGUAAAGCUGAUAUAGGUACAGAAACUGGUAAAAAAGCUUUACAGAGGCUACUUUCUCGGAAAGAAUUCAAAUCUUCGAGCAUAAAUGUGGUGGAAGUUUCGUCAAUUGCCAAUGUAAAUAUAACAGCUCUUUUCGCUUUGGUUGCCGCGUUUGUCACAAAAAAUAAAAUUAAACCAAAAGUGCUUUCGUUUUCUGACGCUUUGAAAAUUGGUCGAAGAAUUGAAGAAGAAAUCAGCGAUCAAUAUGUAGCAUUAUUACGUGAAUUAAUGCCAGUUGAAAGGUGGCCUCAGGUGCGACCAUCUUGGACAAGACUUAUUAACCGAAUUGGCCUUGCACGACAUCCAACAUACCAAAAUUUCGUAUAUCAUUUUGGACGAUCUGAAGCGAUGAAAUUUUAUCAAAAGCACGUGAAUGAAGCUAGGGAAUAUUGGAUGCAGCGAAGACUAAAAGUUCAAGUACCUCGUCUUCACCACGUUUUCCACGACCUAAUUGGGAUUGAACAGGUACGGAGUUUAUCAUGGGCGGAGGCAAAGGAUAUCAUAUCCAACCAUCCCUUAUUCGAUGAUUAUUUUCAACCGCUUGGAACUCUUAGUGCUGAUCUUGAUCCAUCAAGUCCACAGGUCGAAUUGGAUCCAAACGAUUCUCGAAUACCUGCAGAAAUAUUGCUGGCUACUGAAGCUGAACCUACAUUUUUUCAUUUCCAGGAAGCAGUUGAUCUUGAAUAUCAACGUGAGCUUAUGGAAGAAGCAUAUGAACAAAUGUUAUCACAGUGUCCACAAGUAACACCUGGCAAACCCUUGCAGGAGGUUGAGAUAUUUUUGCGGGACAAUCCUGUUUACAAUGCUGUACCUAUUCAACAAGCUGUUCGCAUAUAUGAUAAAUAUCAGGAUAUUCUGGUGAAAAAAGCCGAGAAAGAUUUCGCUGAGCUCCUUCUUGAGCGGCUACAAAUCUUCCUGGAUAUUAUUUUAAGACGUAUUAAAAGUUCACAGGCUGUCCGUCCAUUGAUUGGAAUUGAUGAAGAUGAAAUAAAUGGGCUUAGAGCAAUAUUAAAUGAUGAUUUUAGAUAUCGUCAAUUAAACCGAUUAUUCGAAAUGAGAGAUAAGAUGAUUUCCAAUUAUAUUUCAUUUGUAUCUUAUCCGUUGGUACAGAAUUGUCCAGCUGCUAAUCAGUGUAUUGGUGCUUUAUUAUCUGAUAUUUUCAGUAAUCAUUUGCAAAGACUCCAGUUGGUCGAUUCUUCUCAGAUUUUAAAUAUCAAUUUGACAGUUGUUGGUGCCGAAAGGCUUUCAAAUGAUUUCAUUUCAGCAGUAUCGAGAAUGGUUCAGAAUGAUGUAUUGGAAUAUGAAGGUAGGCUUGCACAUAUAAUUUGUAAGACAGAACUGCAAUUGGAUGGAGUAAACCAUGCACCGAUUCAAACAUAUGUUUAUCUGAUUGACUCGAUUGAUGCACUUGAAGAUAUAAAAGGUCGUUCACUCAAUGCAGCCCAGUUUCAGUGUCCUCCACUGGUGGUUCUUGUUAUUGAUCCCACUCAUCUGGAUAUAAUUCCUUUUUUACGUCAACAGGCAUCACUUGUUGCUAAUAGUAUUGCUGGAACGUUUGUGGCGCCGAUGUCUGAUUUGACGACUAAACCAAGACAAUCGUCAGAUAACGAACUUAAUACUUUUUUCACGCGUGAUCAGAUUUCGCGAGUUCUGGAAGCUGCAUUCUUAAGCCAGACCGAUGAACGCCGUGCGGAUUUGCGCAUACAAUUAUCCUUAAUGUGUGGUGAUCAGUUUCCUGCUCAUUUUUUGCUCAAUUCGUUAUUUUUUAAUGCUGCAUUUUGUACCACUUCUUCGUCGGAUGAUACUAUUACGAUAGAGGUACCGAUUCAGUCUUUCAAAAGGAAAGUGCGUAUAGAUUUGCGAGUAACAGCUUAUCACUCUUGGCUCGUUAGCGGUAUUUCUAUACCCAUUCAUGGACAUAUACUUGCCUAUAGUGCUAGGCGUAGAGCAUCAUUUUCUCAUGCUAAAGCAGCAGCAAAGCGUUUAAUUUCAACCUCAUUUGCAACAGGCGACACAAUUUUGUUAGCAGCUGUUGCCGAUGUUACCGAUUUCUUUAGUGAUACAGAAGCAAACGCUCUUCUCACUGAAGGGAGUGAACUCGCUGAAGAACUAAAAUCUUCAUUUAUAAGUCUUUCGCCUGAAAUACCAGAUCGAAUUCAUUCUAUUACAUUUCUUGAAUUUUUCGAGCGAAUUUUGACGAUUCAUUCUUCGAAGAAUUUUCCAUUUUUUUCAACUUAUUAUAGGCAAGGUGUUUAG